UGAAAGCUGUCCUCCCAUCCUUCUCUGUUGCAUCCAUCCGCUCUCUUAUCCAUCCAUCCAUCCACCUCCUCUUCCACACAUUCAUCUCCAAGGGCGUCUCAAGGGGUGACAAGACCCGAGUGAACGGCAAUGUAUACGUGGAUGCGUGCGUGUGCGUGAGUCGUCCGUGUGUGAGCCUACGCGUGCGUCUGGUCUGUCUGUGGAACCUCUGACAUGAGGGGCUGAAACAGAACCGACAGAAGGAUGAAAAUGCUCCGGUUUCGUAGCCCCAGCCUCCGCUCCUUGGACCAGGAGAUCUUCUGUACGAUCCGGUUACUGGAUGACUCCGAGAUCUCCUGCAGCAUUCAGAGAGACACCAAAGGCCAGUUCCUGUUGGACCAUGUGUGCAAUCACUAUAACCUGCUUGAGAAAGACUACUUUGGUAUUCGAUAUGUAGAUCCUGAGAAACAAAGGCACUGGCUGGAGCCUAAUAAACCUGUAGUGAGGCAGAUGAAGUCAGCUCAACAGCCGUACACUAUGUGCUUCAGAGUCAAGUUUUAUCCACACGAGCCAAUGAAAAUCAAGGAAGAGCUGACCAGGUAUCUCCUGUACCUUCAGUUGAAGAGAGACAUCUACCACGGUCGUCUGCUGUGUCCUUUUGCUGAAGCUGCAUAUCUGGGAGCCUGCAUUGUACAGGCUGAGCUUGGGGACUAUGACCCAGAGGAGCACCCAUCAGACUACAUCAGAGACUUCAAGCUGUUCCCUAAACAAUCCCUCAAAUUGGAGAGGAAGAUUAUUGAAAUCCACAAGAAUGAGCUCAGGGGCCAGUGUGCUGCACUAGCAGAGCUGAACAUGCUCCAAAGGGCUCACACUCUUGAAACAUAUGGAGUUGACCCUCACCCAUGCAAGGAUUUUACAGGCUCCACUGCCUUUCUUGGGUUCACAGCCACAGGUUUUGUGGUCUUCCAGGGAAACAAGAGGAUCCACCUCCUCAAAUGGGCUGACGUUAGCAAGCUGAAGUUCGAAGGAAAAACCUUUUACGUCAUUGGGAUUCAGAAAGAGUCAUCACUGAAGAAGCUGGUGUUGACAUUUCACACUUCGACCCCUGCAGCGUGCAAGCACUUAUGGAAGUGCGGGGUGGAGAACCAGGCUUUUUACAAGUGUGCAAAGUCAAGCCAGAUAAAGACAGUUUCCAGCAGUAAUAUCUUCUUCAAAGGCAGCAGGUUCAGAUACAGUGGCAGAGUAGCCAAGGAGGUGAUAGAAGCCAGCUCCAAAAUUCAGAGAGAGCCACCAGAAGUGCGCAGAGCCCAGUUUGGUCAGAGUCGAAGUUUUAACUCUCUGAGCCAUAAAAAUCUCAUCAUGAACAUGGAACCUUUGGUACCUGCACUGCCCUCCACCAACGAAUACGAGGACAUGGCCAUGGACAGUGGUGUUGUUCCCAUGAAGGACUCUGUCCCCCUGUCUCCUCUCAAACCUUCAUCUGCAUCUGCAGACACAGAGCAGCAAAGUACUGAAGGAGGAUACUCUGCUUCAGGCAAUGACAUGCAGCCUCUUCGUGUUUCUAUGGAAACCACAAAUCUCCGACCUCAAACGCCCAAAGAUGAACAUGAAUUAGAGGAAGACGAUGAGGCCAGCGGCACACUCAUCAUUUCUGAACUUACUUACAGCCCUUGUGCCAGCAUGCUUCCCACCCCAGUGGAUGACAGUCAGGGAGGUGUCGACUUGCUUUUCUCCUCUCCUGUUCAAAGCCCUGCCAGGUUGCUGAGGGAGCUCCACGCUGAUCCUGACAUCCAGGCCCAGCUGGAGGCUGAGAGGGAGCGAGACCGGGCCUACGAACGCACCCGCUUGGCUGCAAGAAGUCGAAUGAGCGGAGUCCUGACCAGCAGCCUGCGCCUGCUGUCGUCCAAUGACAGAGUGAAUGCUUGCGUGCUGAGCGUGGCCCGCUUUGUUGCUGUGGUAAUGGGGGUUCUGCUCGUCACUGUGCCCACACUGCUGAUACUGCUGGAGUCAGAUAUUGAUGUGUCCUUCCUCCAUGAGAUCCGGCAGACGCCAGAGUUUGAGCAGUUUCACUAUGAGUAUUACUGCCCGCUGCGGCGCUGGAUCCUGUGUAAGAUCAGCAUGGCCAUGGAGAACCUGUGGUCAGACUGAAAAGGGAAAAGAUCCAGAAGGAAAAAAAAAAUGAGCAGAGUGACAAAUCACUGUGAGGAAAUUAAGCCGAAGUGUACGUCUUAACAUGUGAUUUAAUCUAAUAUUCAGUCUUAAAACCUGAAAUCUCUUGAAUGAUAAGUACCAGUCCAGAGAGAUAAAAUGAGACUUCACUUUCUAUUUUUUGCAAAGCUACAAUGCCUGACUUAUGAUGGCUCACACAAUUCUUUUUAGAUGUUUCAUUAAAAAGGGAAAUUUCUGUCAGGGUCACUAAAACUAGGGGGGGAAAGGAGGAUUUGUUUCAUAUCUUUGGCAGUGUGAUUUGCUGUGUGGGAGAGAGAAAUAAGAUUCAGUCACUUGUUAAGAUAAACACUUUUGGCAGUGAUGAAGUGAAAAGAAAGAUGAGAGUAAAUGCUGUGUUCACGGAAGAACUGAUGGAAAGGAUAAAUUCAUAAAAAAAGAAUGAGGGAUGUAACGGACGUAGAAAAAAAGCCUAAAAAAAGUACAAAAGAAGAAAUUGGAAUGGCUGUUCACUCCUGAUGCUGACAAGUUGAUGCAGAGACUCUUUACAAACCUUUCUGAUUGGUUCCUGUCCUCAGAACAGAGCACCUGAUUGGUCACAGGGCCUGUCAGUCAUGACGGAGUGGGUGGGAACAGAAAGCUAUGACUGAUUAGUCACUGAACAACAACAGCCACAGUCAGAGGUACAUUAUAUAUAUUAAAAAAAAAAAAAAAAAA